AUGGUGGAGUUUCUGCGCAUCUACCUCGUCCUCGGGACGCUCCUCGAGGUCGUCUCCUUUCUCCUGCCCACAGUGACAGACCCUUCGUUCGAUGCUGUGCCCGCCGUCCGCCGCCUCUACGCGCUCUACGUGCUCACGCUCGCGACCCUCCGCUUCGCCACCGCGUGCGACAUGACCAACGCCGCCCUCUUUGGCGCGCUCAGCGUCGCCCACGUCAUGGAGGCUGCCUACUCGGUGCUCGAAGUUCUGGUGUUUGCCGACAUUCCGGCGGCGUCGCUCUUGACGUUGGCCCACGCGCCCAAGACUGGGAUGCUUGCGAUCCUGAUUGCUCAAAUGCUCUUUAUCGGGACGGGCUACUUUCGCUACGUCGUGCCCCACAGUAGCAAGACGAAAUAUCAGUAG